AUGGAAGUUCUCAGAAGUCAUUUGAACAAUUUUAAGGAGGAGAUGCGGGAAGAUAUGCAUACGCUCAGCAUCCACACCCAAGCUGCCCUCGGUAAUAGUAAACUGAAGCAUGCCGAAUUCGAGCUUGACGUCACUCGUCUUGCCAAUGAACACCAGGAGCAACUGAAGGGUCUAGAAGAAUCCAUGAAAGGAUAUAUGGGCGAUAUGUGUGAUGUCAAAGUGAGAAUUGGAGAAAUCGAGGGUAAAGUCCUUGCAGAUGAAGAUAAAGGUAAAACCGAAGACGUUUCUUCAAUUUUUGAAGAGCUGAAAGAGGGAUUGGCAAGGUUGGCGCAAGAGCUCGAUGAACACAUUUUCCACGACGCCGACGAUAUUCGAGAUGGACACUUUAGUAUCGAAGAAAGAUUUACAAAUCUUGAAGAGGCUCAUACAGAGGAGUGCAAGCGAUUGCUGUAG